AUGGACGACGACGAGUGGCCCAUCUGCGGUGGCGAGGAAAUGCCUCAAGAAAUAUGCCAAAAUGCUAGGAAUUAUUUGAAUUUUCAGCCAAAACAACGAGGUGAAGGCCGCAGUGAACAUGAAGCAAGAAGGCGUUUGAAGAUUGAGUUUCUUGUACAGGUGAAUAACAGAGUUCAGUCGAAUCACAAGAGUUUACCUGAUCUUUCAAAAUUGUACAAAUCUCCUUCAGUUAUUCUAUCAAAUAUUCCGGCCACCACCUGCCGCCGACCGCCGCCGCCAGGUAUCGCCGGAAACCGUCGUUGCCGCCCGAAGUCGCCGGAACUCGCCCCGAGCCCAGCCGCACGCAGCCGCGAGCACAGGCCUGCAACUGCGCACAGUCGAGCCGCACGCAAAGGUCCCAGGGACGUAUCGCGAUGCCCAGCUCCACCACGCAGCACGUGA